UAUUAGCUUUUUACCGAAAAUCCUAAAUAUAAGAUGUCUAAAAAUAGAGUGGAGGUGGAUUGGACAGUCUGCAGAUUAGGAGUUGGAAUAAAAACAUCUCAGUUAAGCUAAAAACACGGCAACCAAUACAUUCUGUCAUAAAAAUAAUUUAGAUGAGUUCAGUUUUUAUGAAAACUGUCUGAAAUUGAAAUGAAUAGCAGAAGCUCUCUGUUUAUUCACAGGCCAGUAAUAAUAAUACCUUCAGCACAAAGCUCCUUUCAGAAGCCGACUCUGCAAAGUGGGGGGAAGAGAUAUUACCAGGUUAUGUCUGAGGUAUUAACCUUCACCUUGAUAAAGCUUGUCAAGGAGCACAACACCAGAAGAGCCUUUUCAGGAAACUCAUUUUAACUGUCCACUAGAGGCUGUAAUGAGACCAACAAUGUCAUUUUAGACCAACCCUGGGUCUUUAAACUAUAAACAAUUAUUUUUAAAUGGAAAAAAAAGUUGUAAAGCGAGUAAGAGUGAACAGUAGUAGUUCUAUUUAAAUAGCCAUGUAUAUGUGUAUGGUAUUUCAAAGUGUGAGAAAAAAAAUAUUGCCCGGGCUCGACACCUUCCCAGUUAGCAUGCUUAUUUUUAUUUCUGUAGCACGUUGGUUCUACAAUACAAUUGUUUAAAAGCUGACACAUUUCUCUUGGCGAGUCUGUAUCUUGCUUCUGUUGGUGACUAACCGCUAGCUCAUAAGUAAACUCAGCCAAAAGGUUUCUCAAAUACAGCUUACAGUCAAAAGUGGUGGCUUUCAGAGAGAAACUUACUUGGAUACUUGGUUCUAAGCACCUGAAGGUCAUAUGCUGCCCGACACCUACUAGUCCUCCAGAAUUAUCUGCAGCAAGGGGUAUGCCACAGUAAGCUCCUUUUAGCUCCAAGUGCCAUACCUGUGGGCAAGAUGCACCCCCCCCCCCCUCAAAGAAUAUUCCUUCCCUUGGAGCUAACACCAGGUGGAAGGAUCAGGGCUGGGAGGUAGGGGAUUGAGAACCGCGCUUUAAAAAAUUGAGUCCAGAGGAAGUCCUUCAGCGUGGAUUCACCCAGAACUGCCAUUUGAUGCUCGGUUUGCUUUCUCAAUCUCCUACACUGGUUACCUCAUUUCCGAUUAAAUUAAUGAUCCCGAAUACGCUGCGCGAGGAGGACGGGGUCCUCUACGAGGACUAGAGCUAGGUAGUUCCAUACCCAUAGCAGAUUUCCGGACUUGCAGGAAGAGAAAGGAGGUAAGGGAGGUCACCAGCUUCCCCAGGCAGUAAAGUGGCGGAGCCGUACAGGACCUGUUUCACUGCAGGGGGAUCCAAAACAAGCCCCUUGGAGCAGCAGCCAGAGCUACAGCAGCCGCAAGACACUGUUUCUCUCCCUCUGCCCCCCCUUCCCCACGCCACCCCAGAUCCAUUUACACUUUACAGAGCACCGUGCAGCAAGUCACCAAGGUGGUCCAUUCAAACUGCAGACUCGUUUGUCAUCCUUGUACAGCAGUCUCCUCCUCCACAGCCACUACAGAGAAGUGCGUCACAUAUCAGCAUAUUGGAGCAAAAUGAGAGAGUUUAUUUUGAGACCUCCGAAUUAGUGCUGCCACGGACCAUGAGCAAGAGAGAAAGCGUGGACUUCAGCCUGCACGAAUGGUCUUGAAACACAAGUGGUUUUGGGUCUAGGCAUUUUACACUGAGUUUUCUACUGCCACACUUUCUACUCAAGCAAAAUCCAUGUGAAAAGACCUGCUGGGAAGGAGCCGACUGCUUAUGUUUCUCCAUUGUGAUGAAAGCACAUGGUACAGUUUUCCAAAGAAAUUAGUUCGUUUUCUGGGGCAGAGGAUCCAAUCUGCUGUUUUCUUACGGUUUUCCUCACGUCUCUGUGAAAGAGGACAGAACACGCCUGAGCCCAGGAGCGCUCCAGCUUCUCGUGGGAAGUCUCCAUGGUGAAGGAAGGCUGGGGCUCCCGGUGAACCGCGCACAGUGAAUGUUAUUCCAGAGCUGCUGCUGGCGGACUGCACCCACGGGGAGAUGAUUCCUCAUGAAGAGCCUGGAUCCCCUACAGAAAUCAAAUGUGACUUUCCGUUUAUCAGACUAAAAUCAGAGCCAGCCAGACAGUGAAGCAGUCACCGUGGAGGGGGGACGGCGAAAAAUGAAAUCCAACCAAGAGCGGAGCAACGAAUGCCUGCCUCCCAAGAAGCGCGAGAUCCCCGCCACCAGCCGGCCUUCGGAGGAGAAGGCCACCGUCCUGCCCAGCGACAACCACCGGGCGGAGGGCGUGGCAUGGCUCCCGGGCACCCUGGGUGGCCGAGGUCACGGGGGUGGGAGGCAUGGCCCGGCAGGGACUGCGGUGGAGCUUGGUUUACAACAGGGAAUAGGUUUACACAAAGCGCUGCCCACGGCGCUGGACUACUCCCCACCCAGCGCGCCCAGGUCUGUCCCGGCAACCACCACGCUGCCCACGGUGUACCCUCCCCCACAGUCAGGGACCCCGGUGUCGCCCGUGCAGUAUGCACACCUGCCGCACACUUUCCAGUUUAUUGGGUCCUCCCAGUACAGCGGGCCCUACGCAGGGUUCAUCCCCUCCCAGCUGAUCUCCCCAACGGCCAGCCCCGCCACCAGUGCGGUGGCCUCGGCCGGGGGCGUCUCCACUCCAUCCCAGCGCUCCCAGCUGGAGGCCUAUUCCACUCUGCUGGCCAGCAUGGGCGGGCUGAGCCACGCCUCAGGACACAAGGCUGAGCAGCAGCAGCAGCAGCACUUGGGCAGGACUCCAGGGCUCAUGGCACCAGGGUCCCCACCACCCACCCAGCAGAACCAGUACGUCCACAUCGCCAGCUCCCCGCAGAACGCCGGGCGCACGGCCUCUCCGCCGGCCAUCCCCGUCCACCUCCACCCCCACCAGACGAUGAUCCCACACACCAUCACCCUGGGGCCCUCCCCCCAGGUCGUAGUGCAAUACACCGACUCCGGCAGCCACUUUCUUCCUCGGGAGGCCACCAAGAAAGCCGAGAGCAGCAGGCUGCAGCAGGCCAUGCAGGCCAAGGAGAUCCUCAACGGGGAGCUGGAGAAGGGCCGGCGGUACGGGGCCCCCACCUCGGCCGACCUGGGCCUGGUGAAGGCCGGCAGCAAGUCAGCGCCUCACCCCUACGAGUCCAGGCAUGUGGUUGUCCACCCCAGCCCCUCUGACUACGGCAAUCGGGACUCCGCGGGGGUCCGGGCCUCUGUGAUGGUCCUGCCCAACAGCAACACCCCCGUCUCCGACCUGGAAGUGCAGCAGGUCACGCACCGUGAGGCCUCCCCCUCCACCCUCAACGACAAAAGUGGCCUGCAUUUAGGGAAGCCCGGACACCGCUCCUACGCGCUCUCACCCCAACAGGCUCUGGGCCCCGAAGGCAUGAAGGCCGCCACCGUCGCCACACUGUCACCCCACACGGUCAUUCAGACCACACACAGCGCUUCGGAGCCACUCCCAGUCGGACUGCCAGCCACAGCCUUCUACGCAGGGACUCAGCCGCCUGUCAUCGGCUACCUGAGCAGCCAGCAGCAGGCGAUCACCUAUGCCGGCAGCCUGCCCCAGCACCUGGUCAUCCCCGGCACCCAGCCCCUGCUCAUCCCGGUGGGCAGUGCUGACGUGGAGGGGUCGGGAGCUGCCUCUGCAAUAGCCACGUCGUCGCCCCAGUUUGCAGCAGUGCCUCACACGUUCGUCUCCACCGCCCUUCCCAAGAGCGAGAACUUCAGCCCAGAGGCCCUGGUCACCCAGGCCGCCUACCCGGCCAUGGUGCAGGCCCAGAUCCACCUGCCCGUGGUGCAGUCCGUGGCGUCCCCGGCAGCAGUGCCCCCGACGCUGCCCCCCUACUUCAUGAAAGGCUCCAUCAUCCAACUGGCCAACGGGGAGCUGAAGAAGGUGGAGGACUUAAAAACGGAGGACUUCAUCCAGAGCGCAGAGAUCAGCAAUGACCUGAAGAUCGACUCCAGCACCGUGGAGAGGAUUGAGGACAGCCACAGCCCCGGCGUCGCCGUCAUCCAGUUCGCCGUCGGGGAGCACCGGGCACAGGUCAGCGUGGAGGUGUUGGUAGAGUACCCUUUUUUUGUGUUCGGACAGGGCUGGUCGUCCUGCUGUCCAGAGCGAACCAGCCAGCUCUUCGAUUUGCCGUGUUCCAAACUCUCCGUGGGGGACGUCUGCAUCUCGCUGACCCUCAAGAACCUGAAGAACGGCUCGGUGAAGAAGGGCCAGCCCGUGGAUCCCGCCAGCGUCCUGCUGAAGCACGCCAAGGCCGACGCCCUCGCGGGCAGCAGACACCGGUACGCGGAGCAGGAGAACGGCAUCGGUCAGGGAAGUGCCCCGAUGCUCUCCGAGAACGGCGAACUGAAGUUCCCAGACAAAAUCGCAUUGCCUGCAGCGCCCUUGCUCACCAAAACAGAACCCAGCAAGCCCGCGACCACGAGGAAGAGGAGGUGGUCGGCGCCCGAGACCCGCAAACUGGAGAAGUCGGAAGACGAGCCGCCUUUGACUCUCCCCCGGCCUUCGCUCAUUCCUCAGGAGGUGAAGAUUUGCAUCGAAGGCCGGUCCAACGUGGGCAAGUAGGAGCGGCGGCGUGGCGUGGGGCAGGAAUUCGGCCCUCCCUUACCAUUUGUAUCCAGAUUACUGUACUGUAGGCUAAAUAACACAGUAUUUACAUGUUAUCCUCUUCCUUUAGGUUUCUGUUCUUACCUUGUCGUUAGAGUUACAGCUGGUGUUGCGCAGGAGACGGUGCAUAUGCUUUUUCCACGAGUGUCUGGCCGUGGGCGAGCGGGUGGCCAGCACGGGGCCGGCGCGGCCAGGCGCCUGGUGGAAUGAAUGUGGCUUUGGAGUGGCUGCCUUUUCUAGCAGCGCCAGAAGCAUCCGCUGGGCGCUGACUUCUGCUGGUUUCAUGAGGAAGUUCGGGGAAGGGGAUUGCAGGGGUGUGCGUGCGAGCGUGCGGGGCGAGGGCGAGAGGUGGGGGGGUGCAGCAGGGGUGCCACAGCAAGCGAGGGUCUUCUCUCUGCCUCCCCCUGUCUCACGCUCUCAGCACGG